AUGGACACCCACGCUGAUGGGCAGACGGAGAAGUGGGCAGAGAGAUGGACACCGGGACAGACCCCCCCGACAGAUGGACAACCGGCUACCUGGACUGACGGACACCUGGACACACAGACAACAGAACACCAGGAUGGAUGGACACCUGGACAGAUGGACACCUGGACACCAGGACGGAUGGACAACCAGAAAGAUGGACACCCGGAUAACUGGACAAAUGGACAGAUGGACACAUGGACAGCUGGACAAAUGGAUAGUCAGAUACCUGGACAACUGGACAGACAGACACCUGGACAGACGGACACCUGGAUACCUGGACAAAUGGAUACCCAGGCAAAUGGGCAGAUUGACACAUGGACAGUUGGAUACCUGGACAGACGGACACACAGAUACCUGGACAGAUGGACAAUUGGAUACCUGGACAAACGGACACCCGGACAGACGGACACCUGGACAAAUAGACACUCAGACACACAGAUACCUGGACAGAUGGACAAUCGGACAGACGGACACCUGGACAAAUAG